CCAUUUUCCAACAUGGCGGACAAGUUUCAAGAAUUUGCAGGAAGACUUGGUAAAGCUCCACGAGGCGUAGGGACAGGCUUUAAAUUCCUGGCCGCUGCUGCUUUAGCUGCCUAUGGAAUCAAAGAAUCCAUUUUCACAGUUGAUGGUGGUCAUCGUGCUAUCAUUUUUAGCAGAAUAGGAGGGAUACAGGACACUAUCUACACGGAGGGGCUGCAUUUCAGGAUUCCAUGGUUUCAAUAUCCCAUUAUUUACGAUAUCCGAUCAAGGCCAAGAAAGAUCGUAUCCCCAACAGGAAGCAAAGACUUGCAAAUGGUCAACAUCGGCCUGCGUGUUCUAGCCCGUCCAGAAGCAAGCAAGCUUCCACCUUUGUAUCAAAGGCUUGGUCUUGAUUACGAUGAAAGAGUUUUGCCUUCCAUUAUGAACGAGGUGUUGAAAAGUGUUGUAGCUCAGUUUAAUGCUUCUCAACUGAUCACCAUGCGUCAACAGGUCAGUUUGCUGAUAAGAAGACAACUAGUAGAAAGAGGAAAAGACUUCCAUAUCAUCUUGGAUGAUGUUUCCAUUACUGAUUUAAGUUUUGGUAAAGAGUAUGAGAGAGCCAUUGAAUCAAAACAAGUUGCUCAACAAGAGGCUCAGAGAGCCCAGUUUGCUGUAGAGAAAGCAARACAAGAGAGACAACAGAAGAUUGUACAGGCAGAGGGAGAAGCACAAGCUGCCAAACUGCUUGGAGAGGCUUUAAAGGACAAUCCUGGAUAUCUCAGACUAAGGAAAAUCCGUGCUGCACAAAAAAUUGCUAGAACGAUUUCGGCAUCUGCAAACCCAGUCUACUUGGAUGCUAAUGCAUUAAUGCUCAACCUCAGGCUAAAAGAUGAAUUUGAUGACUCUAUUUUCUCCAAGAAAAACGAUGACUAAAUAAGGCUGCCUGACAUGAUAUUUGAAUUUAUUUUGCAAGAAAAAAAAUGUAAUCAAAAUCUGGUUACAGUCUUAGGGAAAGUAACAUAGAGAAAAACAGUUCUUGUUCCAAAAAAAUGGAAAUUUAUUCAGUAAAUGAUUAGGUUUUCAUAGCAUUACUACUUUGAAUCCUGUGUAAAGGAAAAUGGUUUGUUUGUCAAAUAAAAUCACACUCUAACUUUA